GGGGGCGCUGUGCCAGCCGGCGGCCGUGCGGGGCGCGCGCGCUGCUCCUUCCGCCGCGCGCGCUCCGGAAGCGCGUCGCCGCUAUGGCGCGGAACGUGCUGUACCCUCUGUACCAGCUGGGCGGCCCACAGCUGCGGGUGUUCCGAACCAACUUCUUCAUUCAGCUGGUGCGGCCUGGCACGGCCCAGCCCGAAGACACGGUGCAGUUCCGGAUCCCCCUGCAGAUGACCAGGGUGGACCUGAAGAAUUAUCUCGAGAGCAUUUACAACGUGCCCGUGGCCGCCGUGCGGACGCGCGUGCAGCACGGCUGUAACAGGAAAAGGGAUCACAGAAAUGUCAGGAUAAAGAAGCCAGAUUACAAGGUCGCCUACGUGCAGCUGGCCCACGGACAGACCUUCACGUUCCCAGACCUGUUUCCUGAGAAAGAGCAGAGCCCCGAGGCUGGCUCCAUUGACGAAGCCCAGAGCAAGUUCAUGGCGGACGAGCAGCAGAGGCAGAGCAGCGACCCCCGGCGCGGUGGCGUCCCCGACUGGUUCAGCCUGUGACGGGCAGCAAGCAGGGACACGCGCCCCAGGCAGUGCGGCUCAAGUGGCCUGACAGCCCAAAUAAAAGUCCUGCUGUGGGA